AUGUGGCUUAUAUCAUACUGGGUGUUCCCAGUAAUAGCAUCUGGGAUGUGGCUUGCCACUAUCUUAACUCUCCUGAUAGUUUGGUCAGCAGAUGGAUAUCCCAUAUAUUCGAGCAUGGAGCCGGGUCAGACUAUUGCGUAUAUCUCCGACGUUGCUGCCCAUGGCCUUAAACCACUAUUCAUUACUGGAUGUGCAAUCACUGGCGUAUUCUUCGACCUCGGAUUUGUGUCAGAGCGUUGGCUGCGGCACAAUGGGCGGCUUUUGCGAAAUAAAGGAAGGCUAGAUAAGGGGUUGUCAACGCUGGCUAUUAUCUUUUCUAUCUGCGGCGCUGUGGGCUUGAUUCUCCUCUCCAUAUUCGACACACUCCGAUACCGCCAUCAGCACAAUGGUUUUCUGGUCCUGUUCAUGGGCGGAUAUCUUCUCAGUGCAGUUUUCGUUUGUCUCGAAUACUUGCGCCUCGGUAUCCAUUACCGAGAACACCGCAUCCUUACGAUUAGCUUCUGGAUUAAACUCAUAUUUAUUAUUGUCGAAUUAGCUCUCGCGAUUGCAUUCGGAGUCACAGGUCGAGGAAGAGGCCGCAAAAACCAGGCAGCCGUUAUCGAAUGGGUUAUUGCUUUCAUAUUCACAUUUUAUGUGUUUUCUUUUGUCAUCGACCUUGCCCCUGCCGUCCGCACACGACGCCAUAUUCCACAAGGCCAGCGCUUCCCAGAAAUGGUCUCGGUAUCUUAUCCGGCCGGCCAACAAGAUCAGCUGGAUAUAGCGUAUGAGCAGCCUCUAACCACAGACUCGAUGGGCGAUAUGGCCAAUCGCCAUCGCGGAUUUGUUAUCAACGACGGAGGCCCGUCUAACUGGCCAGAAGACCAAAGAAAUAUGCCCUAUAACCAGGGCCGGUUUCAGGAACAAAUCCCUGUGAAUACUUAA